AUGCACAGCGAACAAUCCAUCUGCGAGUUUAUCCAGAUGCAGAGAGAACUGCGCCGCUGCUACACCACGAUGGAAAACUAUGAAGUCGUAGUCGCGCAGCUCCGUGAUGACUGCGCUUUAUCCAGGGCGCAGCUUUGCCGAUUUCAGCAGGAGUACGCGCAGCAGGGGAGGGAGGUGGAGGCGUCAGUGCGGGCGGAGCUCACGGACCAGACAAGUGGACCACUUUUGGCGCCACGACAGUCGGAGGCGAAGGAUGGAUCGUGUCUGAAGACUUCGGGGGGGCCAGACCGUAACACAAAGGACGCCGCAGAAGAAUGUCUUAGGGACACGUGGCAGGCUACAUUAGAUGAGCUGCGUCGUGCUUUGCGGAAGGAGCAGUCGGGCCAUGCCGAGUGUCUCGCGCGGCUCACGGAGGCGCUGGCGGCGAAAGCACGAUGGAAGUCGCGCGCCGUCGAAUUGCUCAAGUGGAGGAAGCAGGUGUGUAGAGAAAUGCAUAUGUCCUCGACACCCUCAUCUUCCUCGUUUGCAGCAGGCCCAAGUGCCAUCGGCACAUGUGGGGGGCUGCCAGGGGUAUCCACGAUCGGUAACUGCGCAAGCGACUUCCAGGGCGAGCCCAAUGCAGGGAGCUCGGCCUCUGAUAUGUCACCGCCGUCCCAACGCCUUUAUGGUCCUCCGUCGCCCUACAAACCACCUCCGUGUGUCUCGUCGCCGUCUGAGGCCGGAAAGCUGCGCAGUUCUAUGGCGUCGGAGGCCAGCACUGCUUUGCCAGCUUCGCCCUACGAGGAGGGCACCGGCGAUUGCGCGGCGGACAAGGAGAACGAGAAGGACAGCAGCGGUACGCCUGGUGUGGAUAUGAGCUGUCAAAGUGACUCGACGGCGGCGAGCUUCUUGUCCCCAAGCACCACCCCAGCUGGGCGCGUUGCGAAGGCUGUGGGAAGCGGUGCCGUUGUAGUGUGGCCGCCGCUCGCGGAGGGGCAAGGGAUGUCCACUGGGAAAUGUGCCGAGUCGUCACGAACGCAGUCAUCGACAAUAGCUAGCGCUCUGGAAUCCGGAGACUCAGCACUCUUGGAUGAUGCUGGAGGACAGAGGCUGAAGCCUUCACCCCCAACCAGCUCAGUCUCCCCUGGUGUGCUGCCGAGUAGUGCAGGCUGCUACACCACGAGCGCCAUUGGAAGUCGCACGCAGGACGGUUGUCGGCCAUCAUUGGUGGGCUGUGAGAAGGCCGUGAUGGCAGCUGAGCCCCUGCGAGUCAUGCCGGAUCCGUUCGCCUUUCCAAGGCCGCCGCCAUCUGGUGGUGUGGCGUGUACUAUUCAUAGCGUUUUGUCAACAUCAGAUGGGUUGCCCACUUUGUGCGACGGCUCUGCCGCCAUGGCGCCUGGCGCUGCGGGGAGGCAAUUCAAAGAGCUUCUUCGCGCGUUCCUUGACAAAGAGCAACAGGUGGCGCUGAUUGCAGAGGAGAGAACCAAGUACAAACGGCUCUACGAAGCAACACGAAGCUGA